UCAAACAAUUUUAGUGACACUUCAUAUCUGUUUAUGAUUUUUAUGUUGAUUGGUUUUUAUACAGCAUAAUUAAUGUGUGUGCGUACUGUUGAGCACGGAAUUCCGUAGACUGCAGGCUCACUAUAGCAGUAAUUCCCCGCAUGGUAGAUGGAAAGUGAAAGUUGACCAGGAAAUUUCACACUUUCUUCGUUUUCCCUUUUAAAAAUUAGUUUUUGCUUUUCUACUUCAUAUAACCUACAUAUAAAAGCCACCACACACAGACACAAUGCCGUAUAUUGCAAACCAAGAGCGGAAGAAGCUAAAUCUACCGUGUAAGCCAUGGACGCGAGAAAGUUCUUAUACUUGUUUAUUGUUUGCAGCGCACAAGACUUCUGUGACGGCUGCAACUGGAUUCAACACGGAUUCAGGCGGGUGAGCGGCGAAUCCUUGUCGUUGCUCAGUGAGAUGGGUGGAGAUAUUACUGAUGCUAGGGUACACGUACCCUUCCCAAAAACCCUCUACACCAGCAUCCACAAAGCACAGGUGGAUGACAAAGUCAAAUUCGUACACGCUUCCAUUGAUCAGAUCAUCAAACUGUUUGAUGGGAAUUUGGAUGCUGUGACAUGGAACAGGCUGAAACUGGAGCAUUUUCUCAUUAUCCUUGACCGCCAGUCUCGCGAACUUCAGAAAUGUGUUUCUUCUGCGAGCAAAUAUGAGAAGAGACUGAAUCGAUACUUCAGGAAGUUAAAAAAGAAUAUCUUAAAGCAGAGGAAGUACGACGCACAUUCAUGGGAACUCAUCAGAAAAGAAGUAUUACGUCAUCUUCAAAGGCUGGACCUCAUUAUGGCUGCAACGAAGACAUCACCUACAGGGCUUGUUGAAAAACCAGAGACAACCUUGGAAUUGCUUUUCCUCGAUGGGGAUAGCCAAAGUUCACAAAGCGGACGAAAAGCGACACGAAGUCCCGCACAAGACUUCUGUGACGGCUGCAACUGGAUUCAACACGGAUUCAGGCGGGUGAGCGGCGAAUCCUUGUCGUUGCUCAGUGAGAUGGGUGGAGAUAUUACUGAUGCUAGGGUACACGUACCCUUCCCAAAAACCCUCUACACCAGCAUCCACAAAGCACAGGUGGAUGACAAAGUGAAAUUCCUGCACGAGUUCAUUGAUCAGAUCAUCAAACUGUUUGAUGGGAAUUUGGAUGCUGUGACAUGGAACAGGCUGAAACUGACACAUUUUCGCGCUGCCCUUCACCGCCAGUCUGGCGAACUUCAGAAAUGUGUUUCUUCUGCAAGUAAAUAUGAGAAGAGACUGAAUCGAUACUUCAGAAAGUUGAAAAAGAAUGUCUUAAAGCAGAAGAAGUACGACGCACAUUCAUGGGAACUCAUCAGAAGAGAAGUACUUCGUCAUCUUAAAAUGCUGGACCUAAUUUCGGCUGCAAUGAAGGCACCAGUGAAUUAAUUCCUGAAGCACGCUUUGUCUUAGAAAGACUUUGCAUAUGAUGGGAUCACAAUAUUACAUACAGUAUUUACUGCUAUUUCAAAGUGUAUUGUUUAUCUGUAAAUUUAUUUAUUUAUUUAUUUAUUUAUUUAUUUAUUUAUAUGGUAAAAUGUAAUUGAAAAAGUUGAUGUUUUCCUAUUGUAAAUGUGACCGAAAUGAA